GACAGACAUUUGUGUAAUUCUUAUCCUGACUUCAAACCCUGUUCGAAAUCAGAAGCAGGUUUAACCCAUGUACAGUAGCGCUCAUGGCGUCGUUACGUCUUUUAAAGCUGCAGAAAAGGAAUAGGAAAACACCUCAGAGGCAUGCCACAAAAAGAGAAGCUUCAAUGUCUGAAGGACUUCCAUAAGGACACCCUGAAACCAUCCCCGGGGAAAAGCCCUGGCACCCGACCUGAGGAUGAAGCUGAGGGCAAACAUCCACAGCGGGAGAAGUGGGCAAGCAAGCUUGACUUUCUUCUGUCUGUGGCUGGAGGAUUUGUUGGUUUAGGAAACGUCUGGCGUUUCCCAUACCUCUGCUAUAAGAAUGGUGGAGGUGCAUUUCUCAUCCCUUAUUUCAUUUUCCUGUUUGGUGGAGGCCUACCUGUGUUUUUCCUGGAGGUGGCUCUUGGCCAGUUUACCUCUCAGGGAGGAAUCACUUGUUGGGAAAAAAUCUGCCCCAUCUUUACUGGUAUCGGCUAUGCUUCCAUUGUGAUCGUUUCCCUCCUGAACAUCUACUACAUUGUGAUUUUGGCUUGGGGCUUGUACUACCUGUUCCAGUCCUUCCGUCCUGAACUUCCCUGGGGCAGCUGCAAUAAUGUGUGGAACACAGAAAACUGUAUAGAAGACACACUCCGCAAGAACAUGAGCCAGUGGGGGCCUGAAAACUCUACCAACUUGACGUCACCAGUCACUGAGUUCUGGGAACACAACGUCCUCAGUAUCUCUGACGGCAUCGAGAGCAUGGGAGUUGUUAAAUGGGACCUGGCUCUGUGUCUCCUUACUAUGUGGAUCAUCUGUUUCUUCUGCAUAUGGAAAGGUGUGAAGUCCACAGGAAAGGUUGUGUACAUCACAGCAACUUUCCCCUUCGUCAUGCUGGCUAUCCUCCUCGUUCGGGGUGUCACACUUCCUGGUGCAGCCGAAGGCAUCAAAUUCUAUCUGUAUCCAAACGUCACCCGUCUGCAGGAUCCUGAGGUUUGGAUUGACGCAGGGACACAGAUUUUCUUUUCCUAUGCCAUUUGUCUGGGAGCAAUGACUUCACUGGGGAGCUACAACAAGUACAAGUACAACUGCUACAGGGACUGUUUGCUGCUGGGAGGCCUGAACAGCGCUACCAGUUUUGUGUCUGGCUUCGCAAUAUUUUCCAUCCUGGGCUUCAUGGCACAAGAGCAAGGGGUGGACAUUGCCGAUGUGGCAGAGUCAGGUCCUGGCUUGGCCUUCAUUGCUUACCCUAAAGCUGUGACGAUGAUGCCACUGCCUACAUUCUGGGCCAUUCUCUUCUUCAUCAUGCUUCUGCUACUAGGUCUCGACAGUCAGUUUGUUGAGGUGGAAGGACAGAUCACUUCGCUGGUGGAUUUGUAUCCAUCCUUCCUACGGAAGGGUUACCGUCGAGAAAUCUUUAUAGCUAUAAUAUGCUUUGUGAGCUACCUGCUGGGACUUACCAUGGUCACUGAGGGUGGCAUGUAUGUGUUUCAACUCUUUGACUACUAUGCAGCCAGUGGUGUGUGCCUUUUGUGGGUUGCAUUCUUUGAAUGCAUUGCAGUAGCCUGGAUUUAUGGUGCUGAUAAUUUCUAUGAUGCAAUUGAGGACAUGAUCGGAUACAGACCAAAUCCAUGGAUGAAGUGGUGCUGGACUGUAAUCACCCCUGUUCUUUGUGUGGGAUGUUUUAUUUUCUCUUUGGUCAAAUACAAGCCUCUGACGUACAACAAAAUCUACGAGUAUCCGGAUUGGGCCAUUGGUUUGGGUUGGACCCUUGCCCUGCUCUCCAUGAUUUGCAUACCUAUGGUAGUCGUGAUCAAGAUCAUCCAGUCUGAAGGUCCUCUCAUUGAGAGGAUUAAAGCAGUGGCAGCUCCAGUGCGAGGCAGUACAACUUCAUGUCCUCAGGUAUACCAACCGAAGGGCUCAGAACUGGCACAUCCCCUUGACCCCAACGGGAACAAUGGCUUGGUCAAGCCCAGCCACACUAUCGUUGAAACCAUGAUGUGAGCGCUCUCUGUGAGAGAAUCCAAUCACCUGCUUUCCAUUUAUUAAAUAAAAUGUUAAUAUAGUUGUAGGACCAGGUUUACAUAUCUGCACUAGAAGUUCUUUUCCUUUCCUUUUUUUUUUUUACAGAAUAAGUUACAUUUAUUUUUGUCAGUGUCUGCUUUUAAUAUUUUAUCAUAACAUUGUUAUAUAACUAUUAUUACUGUUGCUGUAAUUAGAGAAAAAACAUAUUUCCAUACGCAAACACCGGUAUAUCAAAAUAGUCCAACAUUUCUCUUUUUCUUUCCUGUAAAUAAUGACGUUUAAAUGAUUUGUUGCUAGAGUGGACAAACCAGACCAAUUAAGUGCUGCAAAUAAAAAAAAUGUUUAUAGUGUUUAAAAAUAAUGUUAGUGUACCUAGACAAAAAGAUACACAGAGGAAAGGUGUGUAUAUCUAUUUUGAUGAAAGGCAUAGGACUGUGAUAAAUUAAACAACAGUUAUUGCUUUGACAUUGGAACAGAGACACUAUUCUAUUUUCUGGGCAAGUUAACACACUGAAACUACCACUGCACAUGGCAUGAGUUAACAUGUUGUAAUCACUGUGUGCAUCUUUGAAAGCACAAAUGGUCACACUAAUUAUACCUUGUAACAUUCAUCCCAUCAACCAGUUAUUCUCAAACGGUCUGUAUUCAUAGAUGACGACUUAUGUUUAAAAGGUGCAUUAAUGCUUAAAAGGUAAAAGUUAACAUGCAUAAUCAGAAAUGGGCUCCUUAUUUAGCUUAUAAAAACCACCUGCAUAUAAAUCCAACACAACAUGUUAGUUUAUUGUAGUAAUUAAUUCCAAAUAAAUUGUGUAUACAGUACAACUUAAUAAAGACAGCUGCAAAAACCACAGGAUAAUUAUUAAUGAAAUUACUAUUUUUGUGUGCCCCCAUUAAACAUUUUGUUUAUUUUUAUCCCUUAAAUUCUACAAAUCAGUUUCAAAUAAGCAAUGCUUCUAAGUACGACACUAUGUAACACCUGUCUUCUCGGUUUGAAAAAAUAACUCGAAAAUGAUGCAACAAUAAAAAUGUAUAUACUGUUCAAAAUCAUCAAGGAAACACUUUCUCCUGGAUUGACUUGGACCAUACAUUAUUUAUAGUGCACAUAGUGCAAUUUAUUUAUUUUUUUUCUUAGCUGUAUUGGCCAUUUCAUAGCCCUUCUUCUUUUUUUUUUAAACAAAAUUAUAUUACCAUGCAAGAAUGCAGAAAUAGACAUAACACUGCUGCUCACUAGAGCCAAUAUUCUGCAUACAUCUAAAGUUGGUAAACUUCACCUUGCAUAAGUACAGUAACUUCACCCAGCUUAAGUAAAUAGCAUUUAAUCCUGUGGUUGUGUCUCUGCUCUAAACAGCAGGAUGCACAAUACAAAAAAUGCAUUAAAUCCACACUAAGUGUAUGUAAGUCAGCUCUGAAUACAGCCCAAGUUCUGUAUCUUUUUGCACGGUUCUUGUAUUUUUGAAAUUAGGUGCUCAAACAUGUUCACUUCUACAUCGCAACACUCCCAAAAUGUCCCACAGUCAAUUACUGUUGAUGUGAAUGUAUCAGACCGUAGACACAAACUUAAAGGAUACUGGCGUGUUAAAAUAUGAAAUCGCUCCUGUCCAAGAAUUUAUUUUUUUUUGUCACAACAAAGGUAUUUUAUGGUCAAACCUAAGCUAUUUGUACAUGUCAUUCUUUUAUUUUCCAUUUUUUGUACUCUUAAUAUUAGGAUUGUACUUGUCUUCUAUCUGCAAUUGUUGUUUUUUAUAGGACAGUUUUAUAUAAAGCUUUUAAUCAGUGCAAUUGGUGGAAAUUGUAAUGUGCAAUACUUUGUAGAAUGAUAUGUAUCGUUUCUAUCUUUUAAAAAGAUGGUACUUGCAGUGAGAUCAUUUUUUUUAUAACAAAAUAACAGGAAACAUUAGACAUAUUUGGGGCCAAUUAAUCAUUGCAAGGUAACACCAAGCUAAAAAAACAAAAACAAACAAACAAACAAAAAAAGCUGUACUUACUGUGAUUGUCAGACAUAAUUUAGUAUUUUAUAAGGAAAUGCUAUAACUUUUCUAUCAGAUUAUUUAUCAGAUAACAUAUGUUAAUCUUAUUAUAUAAUUUUUUAGUAGUCUGAUAUGGACUGAUAUAUCGUGUAAUUAAACACUGUAGCCAAACAACUUCAUUCGGAUGUUAAUUGUGAAGAUUGAAUGUUUUUUAUUUUUUCUUUCUUUUUCUUUACCUUCCCUGUUUGAACACCUAUGGAAUGGCUUAAUUAAGAAAUCAAAUAAUGAGAUCUAGUGCAAAUAGUCAGAGGUAACUGUCCAAAGAUCAAGGGAAUAUUAAUCUGUUCUUUUGUUCCACCAACCUAAUUUUUAAUGCACAUUUUACUGUAUAAAGAAAAGAAGUAAGAGGUUAGGUAUUCUCUUUUUAUGAAUACUGGGAAAUGUGUUCAGACAGACUAAUUGCCCACGAACUACAGAUGCCAUAGAAGUUUGAAAAGAUCUGGAAUAUUCUGUGUUAGUCUAAAAAACCGAGAGUUGUUUUGAGAGAAUGUUUAGAAACAAAAAUGUAUUUAAAAGAUUUUGGAGAACCUAAAAACUUUAAUUUCUUAAUAAACAUAUAUUUUUGAAAAAAAAAAAAAAAGCCUAUUGC